AGAGCCCAUGACAAAGUGAAGUACAGGAGCAACCUGUUCAUCUUCUUUUUACUCCAUUGAUCCGCUCCUUUUCAGGAUCGAUCUCAUUCAAACCAGAAAAGCCAUCAUGUCUCUAGGCUAUGCAGAAAAGCUCUCUUACAUAGAGGAUGUUGGCAAUGUCGGAAUGACAGAAAUUUUUGACCCGCCUCAUGUAUUACAGGAAAAGAUUGAACGGCUUACCAUGAUGAUUCGGAAGAGUAACCAUUUAGUCGUGUUUACUGGAGCUGGGAUAUCAACUUCUUGUGGUAUACCUGAUUUUCGUGGCCCCACAGGAAUUUGGACACUUCAGCGGGGAGGCAAUGCCUUGCCAGAAGCAUCACUCCCAUUUCAUCGGGCGAUGCCAAGCAUGACCCAUAUGGCAUUGGUCGAACUAGAGAGAGCUGACAUUCUUAAAUUCGUUAUUAGCCAAAACAUUGAUGGCCUCCAUCUUAGAUCUGGAAUUCCAAGGGAAAAGUUGUCAGAAUUGCAUGGGAAUUCCUUCAUGGAAAGAUGCUCUUCUUGUGGUGUUGAGUACUUUCGAGACUUUGAGGUUGAAUCUGUCGGACUGAAGGAGACAUCACGAAGGUGCUCCAAUGCAGAUUGUGAUCUUAAACUUAAAGACACAGUUCUUGAUUGGGAGGAUGCAUUGCCCCCCGAAGAGAUGAAUCCAGCAGAGGCACACUGUGAAAAGGCUGAUGUGGUAUUAUGUUUGGGAACGAGUUUGCAGAUUACUCCUGCAUGCAAUUUGCCUCUGAGGUGUCUUCGUGGUGGUGGCAAGGUUGUUAUUGUGAAUCUUCAGAAAACUCCGAAAGACAAGAAAGCAAAUCUGGUCAUCCAUGGAUUCGUAGACAAGGUGAUUGGUGGAGUCAUGGAGCUUCUCAAUAUGCGGAUUCGCCCAUUUGUCAGGAUAGAUCUUCUCCAGACCGUUUUAACUCAGGCGUUAAGCUUAGAUAAGAGAUAUGUCAACUGGACACUCCGAAUAGCAAGUAUACAUGAUAAGAAGGCGCUACUUCCAUUCAUCAAGUCUGUGGAGGUUUCUUUUUCAGAUAACCAGCCCAUGAAAGAGGCUGUUCUAGAUAAGCACCCUUUUCAGCUUAAAAGGAGAACCGUUUGGACGGCUGAACCAUUUGAUGUUAUCUUGAAAGUUAACUUCAGCGAGGGGUGUGGAUGUGUAUGCAGCCGAAUUAAGAUCCCUAUCGAUUUCCACGCAUCAACUGACACUUUGAAGCGUGAUAAAGAUCACGUUUUCCGAAAGCUAAAAUCGAAAGCCAUAAAAGGUUCAUGUUGCGGGCAUAAUUCGGUUCUCGAGAGAAAAGUGAUGAUAGUUCCAAAGAGCGAGACUAUAGUUCGUGCCAUUGUGACCAACAUCCGAUGGUACGAUGACAAAAUGGUUAAAACCACAGGAGCUGGCUCUUUGAGCAAUGGCUCGUUGAAACGGAGAAAAGAAGGUAAAAGUGACACCGAAGCAGGUCGUAAGCACAAGAAAGGGCAAAAUAGGCAUAAAAAUAGAUGAGCAGCAAAUAGUUAUUUGUUUGAUUUUCGACGAUGUAAAUACAUAUAAUUACUUGGUUUUUUUGGCGUAGAAUUGUCAUAUAAUGCAGCAUCUGAGUGAAUUUUUGGUAGGUUUAUGUUGGGUCUUCUGUGUAAUU